AUGCACAAGUCCCCUCCAGCGGUGGGGCCAGGGGAGAUGCUGGGAACCCGCCCCUCGGGCCGCACUGCCCACGCUACCAAGGACCUCAGCAGCACGCCCAUUCGCCGGGGCCAGCCUGCGUCAGCCCCCUCCCCAGCACCACCCCCCGGCACUGGUGCCAGCUGGGAGCCACGCUCCCCGCCUGGGCUGGGCUGGGCUGCUUCCGCCGGCAGGCAGUCGGGCACCGCUCUGAUGCAGCCCGUGUUCGCCGCGCACCGUGCGAAGCGCGGCCCUGGACUCCCGGACGCACCAGGCGCAGCGCCUUCACAGGCAAGCACGGACGGACCGUGGUGGCCAGGCUGGAGGAGGGAAGAGCCCCCGGGUGCUAACACCCUCUCCCGUGCAGCCUGCUGCCAGAUGCUGGAGGCAGUGCUGGGCCUGCUGAUCCUGGCCUGCAGCUCCGUGUCCUACGGCUCCGUGGGCGGCUACACGGGCAUCCCCGACCUGGGCAGCAUCUACUACUACCAGUACGGGGGCGCCUACAGUGGCUUCAGCGGGCCGGACGGGGAGCGUGCCCGGCAGCUUGAUGCCCAGUUCCACCGCAUGAAGCUGCCCAUCGCCAGGGCCUCGAUGGCGGUGGGGGGGGCCCUGAUGGCCCUCGCCCUCCUCCUGGUGCUGCUGGGGGCCCUGCGGCUGCCCUGGCGCUGCCCUGCCUGGCUGCUGCUGGAGUGCGCGCUGGACAUGCUGCUGGCGCUGGGCCUGCUGCCCGCCCUGUACUUCUACUUCCACCAGCUGCAGGCCGUCUACGCCUCCCCGCUGUGCCAGGAGCGGGAGCAGCUGUACCAGAGCAAGGGCUACCAGGGCUUCAGCUGCAGCCUGCACGGGGCGGACAUCGCCGCCGGACUCUUCGGCUGCCUGGCGGCCCUGGUGCUUGCGCUGAGCGCCGGCCUGGCCGUGCGGGGCUUCCGCACUGUCUGCCGGCUGCAGGAGAAGCCGGCACGUGCCUACGAGCUCUAGGGCAGCCGCGCUGCAGCCGAGAGGGCAGGGUCUCCCUGGCAGGCCACAGCA